GUGAAGGCUCCGCCGCACUAUUCACCUACCUGCUGCCCACUCCUCUGCCAUGUCUUGAUUGGCCGUCUUAGCCGAAAUCCUCUUGAAUGAUUUCAAACCCGAGUGUUUGGACGAGAAGGAGGGGGUCCUGUCUGCCAAUUCCGAGCUGGCUGAGUGGAAAGGCAUGAGCUAUCCGUCGACCAGCAACACACCACCACCUCAGUAAAGAGGCUUAUCCGAGGAGCGUUGUUGACGGUAAAACGCGUUCAAGAGAGCACCGCCGGUAAAAAAAAAAAUAGAAAAAAGAAAAGAAAAGUGGGCUUUCAGAAGUGUCGUGUUUUUUUUUUUUUAGCUCAAAUUAGGGUUUAGCUAACCGUUGCCUCCCAGUUAGUUGCUCUUUCUGUUUAUCAUCGUUUGAAUGGAGCGAUGUCCAGAGGACACGGCGCACAUUGCGAUGGGACGCGGUGUGUUGUGCUGACGGGACUCGGCACCGGGGACCAGGACCUGAUUGGAAAUUACUGCUAAUCGAUUUAAAAUCACGUGUUUCCGUUAGUGGCGGAAUGUGAGUACCAGCAGUUGUUUCCGAAAUUCAUAAAUCAUUUUCCCCUCAAAGAUUAGUGAGGGCAUUCAGUUCACGCGCGGGUUGCCAUAGCAUCACAUUCAUAUUUUAUUUUUCACUAUCGGCCUGUUGAAGAGGAGGGCAUGGCUGUACUUGCAUAUUUUGGACAAUGUAUUCGUGUUUUGACGCAAUCCAGCAAACUGAGGCUUGGUUAAAUUAGUUUUUGACAGUUUUUAUCCCAAGGCGCCGUUUACACGAACCGACAGGCUACUCAGAGCGAAAACAGCCAUGGCUAAAAAUCCGUCCGAGGGAGCGAAGGAUGAGCUGAGCCAGCUGACGGACGAGGAGAUGCUGCGGUGCAGCAAAGAGGAGCUGGUCCGGAGAUUGCGGAGGGUCGACGGCGAGAAAAUGAACUUGAUGAUCGAGCACGGCAACAUGAUGAAAGACAUCAACCGGCGGCUGCAGCUGCACCUGCACGAAAUCCGGAGCCUGAAGGAGAUCAACCAGAAGCUGCAGGACGACAACCACGAGCUCCGGGAGCUCUGCUGCUUCCUGGACGACGACCGGCAGAAGGGCAAGAAGCUGUCCCGGGAGUGGCAGCGCUUCGGCCGCUACACUGCCAGCGCCAUGUGGAAGGAAGUGGGCACCUACAUGAUGAAGCUGAAGGAGCUGGAGGCCAACCAGGACAACGUGUUGAGGGAGAACUCUGAGCUGAAGGAGAUCAUCCUCAUGCUGGAUGAGGAGAGGAACGGAGCGGGCUCCAGGAGCUCCAUAGACAGUCAGUCCAGUUUAAGCAACCUGAACGGCGGCACCGGCACGGUCAGGGAUGUUGGGGACGGGAGUAGCACGUCCAGCACAGGUAGUGCCGGGAGCCCCGAUCACCACAAUCACAACCACAUACACAAGCCCGUCUCAGAGAACAGUAAGCUGGGCACCACCAUGAGGAGGUCCAUGGAUGACCUGUCAGCCCCUCACCACCACAGAAGCAUCCCCAAUGGACUUAAUGAUUCCUCCUCCAACUACAUCAGGCAGCUGGAGACUAAAGUGCGGAUCCUGGAGGACGAUAACAACAAGCUUCUCUCACAGGCUUAUAGCCGGUAUAGUUUAUCACAGAUACAAACGAAAAAGCAGUGUAACCCAGGUGACCUACGUGUCCUGAGGAAGGGAAUGACCCUCUACCACUCAGAGUCCCAGCUGUCCUCACUGCCCCAACGCCAGGACGCCAUGCACAUGGGUACUGGCCGGCUCCCAACCAGCGAGUCCUCUCCUGCCACAGGCUACUUGUCCUGCGUCCAGAAGCCUGAGGCCGUGGUGCACGCCAUGAAGGUGCUGGAGGUCCACGAGAACCUGGACAAGCAGGUUCCUGAGGACUACGAGGACGAUCUCAGUGAGAAAGAGAAGGCCAUCGUGCGAGAGAUGUGCAACGUGGUGUGGAGAAAGCUGGGCGAUGCAGCGGGAUCAAAGCUGUCCGUUAGACAGCACCUCUCUGGGAACCAGUUCAAAGGGCCGCUGUAGCAUGGCAACCAGAGAAAGAGAUCAGGAUUUACAGUACCUACACUCACCUGAAAACACCUCUUAACUACCUGCGCCUACACAACCCAUCAUGCCGUGCUCCCUACUGCCUACAGCACCCAGCAUUCCUUCAAUAACUACUCUCUUAAGACUGGCUAAUGGCUACUAAGCGGACCUGUUAGUUCUGUUAUUCACACGCACACCUUUACGUGUACAACAUGUUUUCAUCUCUUUUAGAGCUCAUGAAGCGUUGACAACUGGCAGCUAGGUUUUCACUGAUUCGCCACUUUUCUUCGUGGAUGUGGAGGCUUUGAGCUACACAAUGAUCUCUCUCCGUAAAAGCUAUAAACCCACACACCACCUUUUAGUCCUUUUAGAGCGUAGCUGCGCUACAUCACGCUAACGAUACGACAUGGUUUCAAGCACAGACCGGGGCAGAAAUCUCCUCACGUGUCGCUGUGAUGUGAAGGCCACGUUUACAGCGGUAUCUUCAGAUAAGUUUCGAUUAGUACAUCCUAUAUAGAGACCCCUAGCUCCUGUCACAUGUAUCGCC